AUGUUAGGGUUAAGUGUACGUUCCAUUAUACGGAAGGUGUGCGGGAAGAACGCUGUGCAAUUUUACCAAAUGAAAACCCUUGUCGUUACCACACGAUGGCAGCCAUUAGAACGGCUUAAUGUGCGUCGAGAGAAAUAUACCGAUGCAAGCAAAUACAAAGGCGGAAAGUUGGCUGGACAACGUCAAAAAGUAAUAGCAUCAGAAAACGACCAUUUCGUCUCGGAAGAUGAUGAAACGUUGCAGGGUGGCGACAAUCGAACCGAGUUGAUAGAUGAUCGUGAUUACGAUUCCGUGGCUUCCAGUGCAAUGCACGUGACAAAACAGAUUCUCAACGUACAGCAUGUAGUUAUCAUACAACCGUACAUCAAGUGGGGACCACGGAAGAAUCCCACCAAGCCGGAACUGUUGCUACAAGAAGCGGAAGCUCUCGUGCGCUCACUGCCCAAAUGGGCAAUAGAGCUCAGCUUGAAGAUACCGGUGGAAACGCUUGACAAAAGACAACUAUUUGGUAGUGGUAAGCUGGAAGAGCUUAAAAACAUUAUCCAAACUCGCCAAGAAUCCGGUACACCACUCACCUGUGUGUUUAUCAGCAAAGGCACACUCACUUACUCCCAAAAGCAAACGCUCGAACAAACGUUUCGUCUCCCGGUGAUGGAUCGCUACUCGGUGGUGGUACAGAUACUUCGACUGCACGCCGUCAGCAUGGAAGCGAAGCUGCAGGUUGCCCUUGCCGAGCUACCGUACAUCUGGUCGCAGGUGAAAGAUCAGGACGGAUCCCCGAAAGGUUCGGGUCGGAUCUUUUUAAGCGAUUCCCAACGUCAAAUGUUGCAGCUACGUGAACGGAAGCUUCGCCACGAACUUGCCACGAUUCGCUCGCAUCGCGAGCUGCUUCGCAACCGUCGACGGCAGAAAAACUUUCCCGUCGUGGCGGUGGUCGGUUACACAAAUGCCGGCAAAACCUCACUGAUCAAAGCACUCACCGAAGAGCAAAGUCUGCAGCCGCGUAAUCAACUGUUUGCCACACUGGACGUGACGGCCCAUGCGGGACUGUUGCCCUGCAAGCUUGAGGUGCUGUACAUGGAUACGGUGGGGUUUAUGGCGGACAUUCCCACCGGGCUGAUUGAAUGUUUCGUAGCCACGCUCGAGGACGCUAUGUUGGCCGAUGUGAUUGUACACGUGCAGGAUAUGGCACACGAGAACAGUGCAGAGCAACGAGCCCACGUAGAACGUACGCUGGCAAGGCUAAUGCACAACGGUGAACGAUCGCUCAGCCCGGAGCGUGUCAUUAACGUAGGCAACAAAAUCGAUCUCGUGCCGAAUCCGGCUGGGUUGACAAUCGAAUGUAAUGAUGCAAAGCAACCAACGUACGAUCGAUUACAUCUCAUUUCCUCCCAGACACUGGUUGGUGUACACGAGCUGCUGUUGGAGGUGGAACGGAGAGUUCUCAUGGUAACGGGACGUCAGCGGAUUGUGAUACGGGUGCCGAUGGGUGGCACGGAAAUAGCAUGGCUGUACAAGAAUGCGGCCGUCACAGAAACAGCGGCCGAUCCGGAAAAUGCCGAACGGAUGCUCGUGAGUGUGGUUAUAACGGAAGCCAAACUGCAACAGUUUCGCCAUCUAUUCAUUCGAAAGCGAAGUUGA